AUGAUGAUCAACGAGGAUGAGGUUGUUCUUGGACAAUAUGAGGGCUAUAGAGAUGACCCAACUGUACCUGAUGAGUCGAACACUCCAACUUUUGCUUCUGUUAUUCUGCGCAUACACAACGAAAGAUGGGAAGGUGUUCCUUUCAUACUAAAAGCAGGGAAGGCUUUAAAUUCUAGAAAAAUAGAGAUACGAGUUGAUAAUAUUUUCAAGGAUGUUCCUCAUGAAAUUUUCCAGAAAUUUCUGGUACCGUCAGAUGCAUCGGAGAAAUGGGUUUCGUAUCUGCCUACAGCCUUUAGAAACUAUUUACAUGAAGCUUAUGUACAAGUUGAAGAUGUCCACGUAUCAAAGCGAACAGAAAUUGUCCUACUGGCAGGGAAAGAAGAGGUUACCAUUCAAGAUGCUACUGAGAAUCUCAUUCUCGACACGAUUAGAGGUGAUCAGCAACAAUUCGUUCGUAGAGAUGAAUUGGAGGCAUCAUGGAAGAUCUUCAUCUCGUUAUUGCACAGAAUUGAUAGAGGGGAGUUCAAGCCACUCCCUUAUGAGGCAUACGGUAGAGGCCCGAAAGAGGCCGUUGAAUUGCUGCAAAAAGCGAGCUAUGUUGAAACACCCAUUAUUGUAAAGAGACUGCGUUAUUAGUUUCUUAUAUAAUGUAUAUACAAUAAAAACCUUAUAUGGAGCCCUCCUAUGUAUAAUGGGUGGUACUAGUUUAUGGAUUUUCUAAGAAAUGUACUCUCUUCAAAGUUGAGUUUGUUGGGUAUGUUACGAAUUUGG